AUGCGUUCGCUAGUGUUUUUCAUUUUGUGCUUUGUGACCUACACAAGUAGUGAAAGUAGCGCCAACGAAGAAUUUGUAGGAUGGCUCGAAAAAGUUGGCAUUAAAACGGCUGCAAAGAUUAAGCAAGCGGAACAACACCAAAUAUUUAUGCAGCGCAUCGUUGGGGGAGCUAUUGCGCCAAUCAAUUACCAUCCAUAUUUGGCAGGUCUACUGAUUGAUAUUAAUGAAUUGCAAUCACCGGCCGCGUGCGGCGGAUCGAUCCUUACCCCUGCCAGCAUCUUAACUGCAGCUCAUUGCUGGUUCGAUGGAAGAAAUCGUGCAGUACGUUUCACUGUCGUACUGGGAACCCCAUUCCUGUUCCAUGGUGGCUUAAGGAUUCAAGCGUCUUCCAUUGCAGUUCAUCAUCAAUACGACUUCAGAACGUUUGCAAAUGACAUUGCAAUGCUGUACUUACCCCGUCGUAUAAUAUUCAACCAUGCGGUACAGCCAAUUCCAUUAGCCACUGAUUCGCUUCUAAGCACUGACAAGGCAGGCAUGUGGGCCGUUGCAGCUGGAUAUGGAAGAUAUUCUGAUGUUAUAAAUCCUACGACAAACACGAUGGCGAGAAAUGUUUUUCUACAAACUAUAUCCUUAGAAACCUGCCGUGGCUAUUACGGUAAUGUAGUUUUGGAUUCUAACAUCUGCACUAGUGGAGUUGGCGGUGUUGGUAUUUGCCGAGGAGAUUCUGGAGGCCCAUUAACUAUUAACCACCAAGGAAAAGAAUGGCUCAUUGGUGUUAGCUCAUUCGUGGCAAGGGACGGCUGCGAAUUAGGUUUCCCGUCUGUUUUCGCCAGCGUACCUUCCUUCAGGGCCUGGAUCCAACAUCACAUGAUAUUUUAA